AUAACAGUAUGCAAUGCAAGAGAGCUCAAAUUAAGAUCAUGCAAAAACCAAAACGAAUAAAGGAAAGAGGCGCAUGGGUAGGGGGCAAGAACUGAACCACAUAAUAACUAGUACUUUUCUUUAGAUGGCCUUAAUUGGUUUUGGAUGACUUGUGGAGAUAGCCAGAGCAUAAGUACCCUAUUGGCCUUGAGAGAAUUCUAAGUGGGAUGGAUAAUGCCAACUGCAAGGAUGUCAGUUCGGAUAUUCAAGUCCAAAUGACUUUCGUCUUUUGGCAAGGACUAUGUAUGUAAUGUUUAACUUAUAGUUGUUUGUUCUUACUUCCAAUCGAGAAUGCUGUCUGGAGGUGAUUGGUUGCAGAUAAGGACUUUCAUCACAGAGAUUUUGGUAAAGAUCAUCUUGGAUCAACAAAUAUUUUGUUUGAGUAUUGUAGCUUAAGUAUUGGAGUAGGUUUUUUUUGGUCACUGAUGACACUACCUUCAUUCAUCUUUUCUUCCUCGUAUCGAUAUGGUCGUCUCAAGCUCAUGACGUUUCAAAGUUUAUUUAAACACAAGUGGGGGUCUAAUGCGUACAUGAAAACAUGCAGUAUAGUAGAGAUCAUCUUAUAUAUAUUGUAUAUAUUUGUGAACCAAAUAAGAAGAUGGACAGAAAAGAAAAUUAAGUAGAGUAAAGAAAAAGAAAGAUGGUUUUGGAAAAUCGUGAUCGGGUAUUUCCAUCUGAAGACAUUGUUGCUCAGGAUGGGUAUCAUGUUUCGAUAGAUACCGGGGAAUCACGUCUGCGCCAGCUUGGUUACAAGCAAGAACUGAAUCGCAGUCUUUCGGUGAUAUCCAACUUUGCGUUUUGUUUUGCGAUAAUAUCAGUGCUUCAAGGGAUAACUACACUCUAUAGUCAGGGUUUAAACUAUGGGGGUCCAAUCAGUAUGAUAUAUGGAUGGCUUAUAGCUGGUUUCUUCACAAUGUUUGUUGGUUUAAGCAUGGCUGAGAUUUGCUCUUCUUACCCUACCUCUGGUGGCCUUUAUUACUGGAGCGCUAAGCUAGCCGGCCCUCAAUGGGCUCCUUUUGCUUCUUGGUUGACUUGCUGGUUUAACAUGGUUGGUCAGUCCACACUUGUUUUGCAUUGGGCAAAUACGACAAGCGUGGAUUUCUCGCUUGCCCAAGUAAUUCAAGUUAUAAUUCUACUUAGCACAGGAGGAAAAAAUGGUGGUGGUUAUUUAUGUUCCAAGUAUGUACUAAUAUGUAUCUAUGGAGGAAUUUUGUUCAUCCAUGGCGUCAUAAACCUUCUCCCCAUCAAAUUAUUGUCAGUUCUGGGGAAAAUUGCAGCUGCAUGGAAUGUCAUUGGUGUUUUUGUACUUAUGAUUUUGAUUCCAACUGUUACUACUAAACGUGCAAGUGUUGAAUUUAUCUCAAACCACUUCAACACUGAUAAUGGAGUUGGAAUUCAGAGCAAGCCAUACAUAUUUGUUCUUGGGCUACUGAUGAGCAAUUACACCCUUGAUGGCUAUGAUGCAUCUGUUCACUUGGUGGAGGAAACAAAGAAUGCGGAUAGAAAUGGACCAAAAGGAAUAAUAAGUGCUAUUGUGGUAUCCUUCAUUGUUGGAUGGGGCUAUCUACUUGGUAUCACUUUUGCAGUCACUGACAUUCCACACCUCCUGAACCCUGACAAAGAUGCUGGUGGUUACGCAGCUGCACAAUUGUUCUAUGAUGCUUUCAAGAGUAGAUAUGGGAGUGGAGUUGGUGGUAUCAUCUGCUUUGGAGUUGCUGGUGUUGCUGUAUUUUUCUGUGGCAUGGGUACUAUAACUAACAACUCUAGAAUGGUGUAUGCGUUUUCCAGAGACGGCGCAAUGCCAUAUUCAUCAGUCUGGCAUAAAUUGAACAAAAAUGAAGUACCUGUAAAUGCAGUUUGGCUCUCUGUUUGCAUAUCAUUUUGCAUGGCACUAACGUCAUUACUGAGCUCAGUGGCAUUUGAAUCUAUGGUAUCGAUAGCAACAGUCCGAAUCAACAUUUCUUAUGCAAUACCAAUCUUCUAUAGGGUUACCGUGGCACACAAAUCGUUUACUCGAGGACCUUUCAACUUGGGAUGCUAUGGGACGGUUGUAGGUUGGAUUGCAGUUCUUUGGGUUGCUACAAUUACUAUUUUGUUCUCUCUACCAGUCGAGUAUCCUAUUACAAGGGAUACUUUCAACUAUACUCCAGCUGCGAUCGGUGGUCUAAUCGUCUUAGUUGUUUCUUGGUGGAUAUUAGAUGCUAGGUAUUGGUUCAAAGGUCCUGUAACCAACAUAGAUACUACCAUAAGAACUAACUGAUGUCAAAUUUGGUUUUUCUUUGGAGUUGUGGAACUCACCUGCAACGCAUGUGAAAUUCUCUUGUCAGUAAUUUGAAAAUGUAAAUGUCGGACUUCAAUAAUUUGAUCAAUAUUCACCACAAGAAUGCUACUUGUUUGCUGGA